AUGUCAAGUCUCUGGACUCUCACUUCGCCUUCCCUACCUUUCUUCUCUGAUUUUUAUUCAGAAAUUACCGUCCGAUCUAUAAACCAAGCGAUACUUAUAUCUCUGCUGUUAACGCCAAAUUACCCAUUCGCGGAGACAUUCCCUCCCCGCCUUCUGCUUCGGGAUUAUUGGAAUUACGUUGCAAAUUCAGAUUUUGCCGCGGUUCCGCCCCUUGCAUUUUCUCUCGGUGUGAUCUUUACCGGAUCACCACCGCGCCGACGUUUUUGCCACGCGAUCCCUUCUCUCCAAUUCCCUCUUCGAACUCCGAGCUUCAUCAUGCCUUCUUCCCUUCUCGGAGUAUACAAGUUUUCCCCUUACGUCGUUUCCCAUGGAGUCUUCACUGGCUUCCCGCCAAUUCCCCUCAUGACUACAGUUUUAUUUGACACGAUUCGCGCGCCCUUAGAUACAUAUCUUCUUAAUAUUAGGAACUGCGAUGCCCCCACCCCGUGUCUCUUAAAAUAUCUAUGCCUAUCUCCUUAUUUCUCUUUGGGUCCCAUACAAAUCCCUUUGAUACAAACGGACGAUAGGUCUCCUCUGCCUUGUUCUUUUUUACCACUCUCUCCGAUCUAUCUAUCUAUCUAUCUAUCUAUCUAUCUAUCUAUCUAUCUAUCUAUCUAUCUAUCUAUCUAUCUCUUGUUACUGUAA